UGCAGGCAGCCCUGGAUGUCACCAGUUCUGCGGCCAGGAUUCCACACUCUCCAACUGAAGUACGGCUGUGAGCUCCAGGAUGACGGCGCCAAAGGGGGUUUUUUUGAGUAUGGCUACGAUGGGCGAGACUUCAUCAGCUUCGAUAUGGGCCAAGGGGCCUGGGUGGCAGCAGAUGACGGGGCUCAGAUCACCAAACAGAAAUGGGAUGCUGACAGGAGCAUCGCUCAGAGAGAAAGAACCUACCUGGAGGAGACCUGCAUCGAGUGGCUGGGGAAGUACCUGGAGUACGGGAAGGAGACGCUGCAGAGGAGAGAGCCACCGCGGGUGCAGGUGAGCGACCGGCCGAGCCGGGACGGGCUCACCACCCUCUCUUGCCGGGUCCACGGCUUCUACCCACGGAACGUGGCCGUUGUGUGGCUGAAGAAGGGGGUGGCCGUGCCGCAGGAGACGAUCCAGUGGGGGGUCGUUCCCAGUGGUGAUGGGACCUACCAGACCCGGGCCACCAUCGAGAUCGACCCCAGCAAUGAGACCAAUUAUACCUGCUGCGUGGAGCACCCCACCCUGGCGCAGGAUCUGAGAGUGCCCUGGGUGCCCAAGUCCAACGUGAUGCUGAUCGUGGGUGUCGUCAUCGGGGUUCUCGUGCUGGUCGCUGCCGUCGCUGGAGCCGUUGUCUGCCUCAGGAAGAAGGAAGACGGCUACAAAGCGGCUCCAGGAAGUGACCAGGGAUCAAACACCUGCAUCAAGGCGUAACGGAGCCUGUCGGCCCCGGCUGGGGGUAUCCCAGACACGAGGGGAGAGACCGGAGCAGAUCAGGCUCCUGGGAAUGGAACAGCUCAUCAGCACCUUCCACAGCCUGCUUAAAGCCUUUGCUUGAUUGUACCCGAGCUAAACGCCCGCCUGUGAGACAGCAACUGCAGCUUUCUCUUUAGAAUUGAAACCUCCCCGGCUGCAGACUGGCUGAGAUGGUCAGGGUUGUGUAUUGUUUGAUUUCUGCAGAACUUUUAGCUGGGUUUUGAACAAGUU